GUUCCUUCUCAGCCAAUGAAGGAUCUGCAUAGCAUGACGCUACGUCUCCAGGACGACGAAAUGGCCGUAAAUGUUCACCUUACAUCUUGUACGUCUGAUAAUCUAAGUCGGCAUGACAUGCUGGGAUGGGUCAAUUCUCAACUUCAAGUUAACUAUACGAAGAUCGAGCAACUCUGUUCUGGGGCUGCUUAUUGUCAGUUUAUGGACAUGCUAUUUGCUAAUUGUAUGCCAUUGAAAAGAGUCAAAUUUAACACCAACCUUGAACAUGAGUACAUCCAAAACUGGAAAUUGCUUCAAACAGCAUUCAAAAAGGCUUCAGUUGAUAAGGUGAUUCCAAUUGAUAAACUUGUCAAAGGCAAAUUUCAAGACAAUUUUGAAUUCGCCCAGUGGUUCAAGAAGUUCUUUGAUGCCAACUAUGAUUUGGGCAUUGAGUAUGAUCCUGUGGCAGCCAGAGGUGGGGUUGUUGUCAAUGGAGCAGGAAAAGGAAGCAAUGUUGCCAGUCGUAAACAAGGAGGUGGUGGUAUUAGCACUCGUAAACCAGCUGGUGUUUCAUCACGGACUUCAACCACUACUGUCACUAAGACAACAUCAGCAAAGGCCACAAAUGCAGCCAAUACACAAGAGAUCAAAGACUUAACUUCUCAGGUGGCAGAGUUGACGUUGACUCUUGAAGGUCUCGAGAAGGAACGUGAUUUCUACUUUGGUAAAUUACGUGACAUUGAAGUUAUUUGUCAAGAAUCUGGAGGUGAAGAAGAUCCAACAAUGAAACGAAUGUUGGAAAUACUUUAUGCAACAGAGGAUGGUUUUGUACCACCUGAAGCUGUAGAAGAUGAAAAUGUUGAGCAAGAGGAAUAUUGAAUGAAGUCAACCAUAUUCUUCAUGUAAAAUAUGAAAACGUGGAACAAUUAUUGUUGUCAAGAAAAUACUUUUCAAUGGCACAUAAAUACAAACUGUUAAUGUUAAUUUACUAUAAGUCUUUGCAUAAAAAGUAUGAAAAUAAGAAGAAAUAGAAAGGUUUUUGUUAUGGAAUAUAGUAUGUAUUAAUUUAGAGAAAUUAAUGUCAUGAUCUUUUAACUUUUUAUGUCUUUAUUUAGUGUCAAAAAUCUUGGUUUAUUCAAAUAUAGUUCGAUAGCUUUCUUAAGCAUAUAGGGUUGUUGUGAGUCACAAAGGAUUAACUGCUGUGACUUAUACAUAUUGAUAAAAUAAAGUUUAAAACCUCUCUCAAA